CUCUUGUAUUUCAGUAAGCCAACGGGGUAUGGAUCCAGCAGUAGACGUUUACACCACAAGGGAAUAGUGGAUGAAUGCUGCUUCCAGAGCUGUGACCUGAGGAGGCUGGAAAUGUACUGCGCUCCUAUCAAGCCACCCAAAUCUGCACGCUCUGUACGUGCUCAGCGCCACACUGAUAUGCCAAAAGCACAAAGGGAAGUGCAUUUGAAGAAUUCAAGUCGAGGGAACACAGGAAACAGGAACUACAAAAUGUAAGAAAAUGCCAUCCACAAGGAUGAAGAAUGAAUGUGCCAUCUGCAGGACACUUCACUGUAAAUAAAUUAUUUGUUAAACAUUGGAGGACUUAAAAACUAUAGUUUAUAAGCUUCAUGAAAUCUGAACCAAUGGGCAUUCUCCCAAUAAACAA